AUUUAUUCUUGCUCUAAUAUGCAUUGUACAAUUUUGUUUACUUUUAGACAUUGAUGAGUGUGCUAACAAGUUAGACAACUGUGAUCAAAUAUGUAUCAACAUGCCAGGGAAAUUUAAUUGUUCAUGUUUUUCUGGUUAUAAACGUGCAAAUAAUUCAUGUGUUGAAAUAAAAACAGAUAAAAAUCAGUGUAAAUCACUAAAUAAAACAUGUGAGUAUGGCUGCAAUGACACUCAAGGCUGUUUUUGUAAACGCGGAUAUAAUCUUACACAAGAUGGCAUCCACUGUGAAGAUGUUGAUGAAUGCAAGGAAAAUAUUUGUGCACAGAACUGUAGUAACAGUGUUGGAAGCUUUACCUGUAGUUGUCAUCCUGGUUACAAGAUAAACAGCAAAGAUGCUCACAAGUGUGAUUCAUGUCCUGAUAAUAUGUAUGGGUUAAACUGUGCCUCACAAUGUGAAUGUAAGGGCCAUGCUCUACGAUGUGACAGUAUCAAGGGCUGUAUCUGCCAAGACAAUUGGAAGGGAACAAACUGUGACAUUGAUGUUGAUGAGUGUGCAGAAGCUCCAAACAUUUGUCCACCAGAUCAUUACUGUAAAAAUACUAAGGGAUCCUACACAUGUAACUGUCCUACAGGAUUUGAAGAUAUCAAUGGGACUUGCAUCAACAUUGAUGAAUGCAACAAUAUUCUGCUAAAUAAUUGCUCCCAAAACUGCAUUGAUGCACCAGGCUCUUUCAUUUGUGAAUGCUUCAGAGGUUUUACAAAACUUUCUAAUGGGACUUGCUUAGAUAUAGAUGAAUGUGAUAAUGGCCAAUCUGGCUGUGAGCAGAUCUGUUUGAAUGUUCCAGGGAGUAGCUACUGUGGUUGUUAUCCUGGUUAUAGAUUAAAGGAUGACAGAAAGACAUGUGAAAAAGAUGCUGUGGAUCCUUGCAUCAAUUUUUACCUUAACUGCAGCCAAGGCUGUACAGAUGUAAAUGGAACACCUCAAUGUUUCUGUCAUACUGGCUUCACUCUUAGCACUAAUAACUUUGAUUGCAUUGAUGUAAAUGAAUGCAAAUCAGAAAAUAACAAGUGUGAUGGAAACUGUGUCAAUACUAUGGGCUCUUACAACUGCUCAUGCCCUGUAGGCUAUAAACUGCAAAAUGAUAAAUUAAGCUGUCGAGCAUGUGAUGCUUAUCAUUGGGGAGAUAACUGUGCAACUACAUGUAACUGUAGUAUACAAGGCACAUCAAGUUGUGAUGCUGAAAUUGGAUGUCAGUGUAAAGCAGGCUGGGCUGGGACAUGGUGUGAGAUUGAUCAAGAUGAAUGUUCUAGUGAAAUUUUUCCUUGUCUGCCAUUGUCUUCAUGUAUUAACACACCUGGAUCAUUUGAAUGUCAGUGUAAAGAAGGAUAUAUUGACUUAACUAACCAUACAUGUACAGAAUGUUAUUAUGGAACUAACAGAUACAGUUGUAAUCAAAAUUGCUCAUGUAAUGUAACAAAGGGUAUUUGCUUUGCUGAGAAUGGAACAUGUGAGUGUCUAAAGGGAUGGAAGGACACAGGCUGUAAUACUGAUAUAAAUGAAUGUAACUACCAAAUCAAUCCAUGUCAGAACAAUUCAAUCUGUGUUAACACAUUGGGAUCAUAUAGAUGUGUCUGUGAUAAAGGCUUCUUUAAAUCAAACCAUGGUUGCACUCCUUGUAGUAAAAUGAAAUUUGGUCAAGACUGCAGUGAAAAGUGUAAUUGUGUUCAGCUUCACACUGAGAAAUGCAACAAUAUCAAUGGAUCUUGUGCAUGUAAGCCAGGCUGGACUGGAGUUCAUUGUGAGACAGAUAUUGAUGAAUGUUUAAACACUAGCUACUGCCAAGAUGCACAUGAUCAUUGUUUUAAUAUAAAUGGAUCGGCCGAAUGUAGAUGUGAUGAAGGAUAUGGAAAAUCAAUUGGCCCACUUUGUGAAGAUAUAGAUGAGUGCCUUGAUCCAUCUUACCAGUGUGACUUGAAGACUACAACAUGUAACAAUGCAGAAGGAUCAUAUGAAUGUAUUUGUAAACCUGGACAUUUAACAAAAACAAAUGACAAAUUUGCUUGUACAGUGAACUACAUUUCAUUCCCUUUGACUGUUCAACUUCAGUACCCCAAAGAGAAAAUAAACCCAUUCUUGUUUAUUUCAACGACGAUAGAAUCAAAAGCAUUAUCAAGCAAAAUUGCAGAUAGUUUAACUAAAUUUGGUAAAGAAAAACUUGGUCAAGCUAUUUUGCCUUUCAUUAUAAAUAAACUUGUAAAUGGAUCCGUUAUUGCCUAUACAGAACUACAGGUUGAUCAAUUGUAUAGUAACAGUGACUCAGACCCUGCUUCAACGUUUGCUUAUGAACUAAACAAAGCAGGAAAUUUGACUAUUGGUUCUGAAGUAAUUGAAGUACUGGAUGUUUCUGUGUGUAACACUUCAUUGAAAACACUACCAAGUUCAUGUGAGGUGUACUCUGUCUUGAAGAACUGUUCAUCUAGUCCAUCAUACAAAGAGAACUCAGUAGCAUCUUGUAAAAUCAUAGAUGCUGAGAAAAAUACUGCAUUAAAAAUUGGAUUGUCUGUUGGACUUAGCCUGCUGGUCAUCAUCACAAUAGCUAUUGUGGUGCUUGUUAUCUUGCGAUACAGAAAUAGAAGACAAAAACUGGAUAAAGAGGAAUAUAUUGAAAUUAAUCCACCACUGCUAUCCCCAUUACCACAAAAAACUGUAUACAAAACAACUGAGGAGAAACAUGCUUACAAUACACUUGAGAUGCAAUAUACAGAUCCUGAUGUACAUUAUCAAAUGAUACCAACCACAUCAGAGGAACAAGGAACUAAUUUACCUGACCAAAACACUGAUAUUAAUACAUAUUAUGAAAUAGUGAAAGAUGCAGAAAAUAAGACAGCGGCAUUUAGAGAAAUGGCUACUUAUUCAAACAAUGACAUUACUCCCAACAUUCCACUAAGAAAGAAAUCUAAUAAUAAACCAGCUGAAGAUUCAAAAAUAACUAACAGUACAUACAAUGAAAUACAGAAUAAUCAAAAUAGUUUAAUUGUUAUUAAUUCAGAUAUAACCAAUAGUACAUACAAUGAAAUACAGAAUAAUCAAAAUAGUGUAAAUGAUAUGAAUGCAGGAAUAGACAACACUCCAUACAAUGAAAUCCCCAUCAAUCAAGACCAUGAAGUUGUAAACAGCCUAGAAGAGGAUAACAGUCCUUAUAAUGAAAUUAAUCCUGACGAAGAUAGAGGUCACAAUCCAUACCAUCAAUUAAAUGAAUCUGGAACAAAUGACUUGGACAAGGAACAUGUUUAUGAAAAAAUCCAAAAGUGAAGAGUUGAAUCUAAUCUAGGCUUAACCACAUUAGUAAUCAUUAGUAUGAUAUAAUAAACAAUGUUUGUAAAUCAUGUUUCCUUUUUCAUUCAUACAUUAAAAUUUACAUGGAUAUUGUUUCCAAUACCCCUGUAUGAAUAUGUUACCAGGAUGUAUAAAACCCCAGCAUUUAUAGAAUACCUUGGCAAUUUAGCAAUCCAUGUUGUUCUUUGAAUCACAGAAUGAAAAUUCCUGAUUUUCAUAAGAUGGGCGAGUCAUAGUCUUUCAAUCCAGUGAUCAGUUUUCUAAUUUGAUGUCUGGCUUAGUUCUUUCAAGCAAUAUUAUAUUCUACACUUUGCCUGUGGUUGUUUAGGUAAAUGUAUGACCCAUUUCCUAAAUGGAAAUAUUUCAUUAUUCUUGUUUUUUUUUAAAGCAGUAUUAAAUCAAUUUACUCAAGGUGUUCAAAUGAGUUUGAAUUUAAAUUCAUGUUUGAGUUAUGUUUGCCAUUGUAGUUUGCUACAAGUUAAAUUAUGCAUUUGAUUGUCAUUUUAACUUCUCAUGUCCAAAAGUAUAAAUAGUUCACAAUGGUUUAGUCUUUUAUAUGGUGCCUUUUUUACAUGAUUAAUUCAUAGAAAAUAGAUAUUGGCUAUAUCCUUUUGUUGGAGUUACUAAAUGCUUCAUUCUAGAACUGUCUUUGGGUUCAAUUUCUUGUUCUGUGUGAGGUGAAAGAACAUUUGUAAACCUACAUUUUCAGACCAACAUAUUGAAAGAAAACUCACAUCAAAUAUAUAUUCAUAACUUUUAGCAUAUGCCUGGUUAUUUUUCUUUCAUUUUAUUUAUUGCAAUAUAAUCAGUAUAUUCAACUAAAGUCAUGUUGUAUUCAAUAUUUUGUAUUUUUAAAAUUAAAAUGCACAUAAAGAUUUUGUGAAAAUUCCCAAGGUACUUGUUCAUUGUUGGUAACAAAACCACUUUCUAAUUAUAUAAGAUUUAAUUAACUGAACUAAAAAAUAAAGAUAUAUCAGACAUAUACUAUUAACAUUUUUACUUAUUAAGUGUGUACCAUUUAGCCUAGUAGUAUAAAUGGAAAUUAUUUUUUUUUUAAUUUCCCUCUUUCUUUGUAUAAUUUAACUUCCAGUAUCAUUCUACAAAUAUUGAAGUUAGUGUAACUUAAAUAACAAAAUUGACUGGUGUAUUUACCUUAUAAACACAACGAAUUAGUAGGCUAUUUAUUUAGUGGCAGAAAUCUUAGAUGAAAAUAUGAUUGUCUAGCCAGUAUCAGCAAAAAUAUUAAUUUGCAUUAGUUUGUAUCAACAUGAAAAUAAUUGUGCAUAAACCAAUAGAUUAAAUUAUCUUUACACUUAUAAUAUGUAGUGAAGGGGGAUGAAUGGGGGUAAAUGUUGUUGUUACUUGGUACCCUAUCCCAUUCGUCCUUGUUCAGUUCUCGUGCUGUGAAUUGUAAUAGUCCGGUUUGUACCAGUUUAUGAAAGGGUAUAUAAGGUGUAUGAAAACGUGUGUGAUUGCCUCAGUUUUGUCCAGAUCUCCAAUGUUAGUACCGGUUAGGUUUAUACUAGUUUUUUAGCCACUGUAUCUUAGUUUACUGGCUUGUGUAUUUUGUGUUUAGACUAGACUGUGUUAAGUGUAAAUAGUGUAUAUACUAUUAAAUUCUUUUAGUUUUCAAUGAGCCUUUGUUUCAUUCAGUCUUAUUUUGUAACCGUUUGUGGUUGUUUGUCUUAUGUGUUGCGCUACGCAUCGGAUCACCCGGAAGGCGUGUCCGUGUGUUCACAAUAUAAUAUAUUACGUUUGUUUUGCACAAAAAUGUUGUCAUUUAUAUUGAAUUUAUAAGUGAGAGUGUAAGAUUGUGCUUGAUAUAAUUACAUAAUUGUGGUUUUAUUAAAACUGUAAUACCAGAUGUGUAAUAUAGAACAGAGAUGUAAUUAU